UAUUUACUACCUAAAUUUCACCUAAUAUUUCCUAAACAAACUUCGAAUCUGAAUUCUCUGCUUCAAUGGAGAUCACCAAACCAAGGACCCUAGAGCUCACGAUUUUAUCAGCGGAGGAUCUCCGCGUCGACCGAAAGCCGGCGACGCGGGACGUCUUCGUGGUGGUUCAAGCGGAAUCCACCCACGCCACGGCAGUAAGCGGCGACGAAUACGGCGGAGGAUUCCACUCAUGGAACCAGAAAUUCUCCGUGAAUUUGAACAUGAACACGAAGUUCAUCACGUUCGAGGUGAACUGCAAAACGAGAUCUGGAUCGGUGAAGGACAUUGGUGUGGUGAGGAUUCCGGUUUCGGAUUUUCUUGGAGGUUUGGUUCCUGACACGUUCUUGCGGUUUUUGAGUUACAGGUUGAAGGAUCGGUAUGGGAAUCCCAACGGGAUCAUCAAUUUCUCCGUCAGGGCGGUGUCGCCUGGUGGAAAGAGUGGUGGUGGUGGUUCGACGGCUGUGGACAAGGUUGAUGGUUUUUCGGUGCCGGCGGCGGCGGCUGAUAAGAUUGGCGGUGGUUCUUGUGGUGGUUCUCAGGUUCCGGCGGGUGGAGUGGUUACCGGCAUUCCCGUUUCGUGGAAUCACGCUAAAAACGUUUGAAUCUGAUUACAGAGAGAUGAAGUUGGUUGUUUGAUUGAUUUGUUCUUUCUUUCCUUGGGUGCCAAGCAAAUUAACUGUACAGUUUGGAAGGGAUUAGGGUUUUAAAUUUGAUUUUUAGAUUGAUGUUACUGAAAAAUAUUAUUCCACAACAGUUUGAAUUUUAAGUAUUUUAAGUAUCAUAUGUCA